AUGGGAGAAAGGGUCCGGCACAUUGAAGGAACCAAACACCCAAGCAGAGACCUAGCAGUGAGGCACACAGAUGUAUCCCUGAUACAAGAACCCUGGACGUACAAAGGGCAAGUAUUAGGGAUAGAACUGAAAGGUGGCAGUCUGGUCUAUGGUGAAUCAGAGCAGGGGCCUAGGGCCUGUAUCUUCAUAAACAGGAAGCAUACAGCGCUCAAGUUGCACCAGUUCUGCACCAGAGACCUGGCUGUUGCCUCAAUAAAAAUUCCCAUAGGAGAAACUAAGGCGGAUAUCAUAAUAGGAUCUGCCUAUCUCCCCUAUGAAGAUACGACAGUGCCCACUGAGGAGGUCAUUAGACUGGUGGAGCACUGCAAAGUCAAUGAUCUGCCACUCAUUGUGGGGUGUGACGCAAACGCACAUCACAUAGUGUGGGGCAGCUCAGACAUUAAUAGAAGAGGCUCAGCAUUGCUGGAGUACCUCUCAACCACAGGCUUGGAAAUCCUGAAUGAAGGAUCCAAACCUACCUUUGUCACUUCUCGAAGGCAAGAAGUGAUCGAUAUAACACUGGGCUCUCGAAGGAUAGCACAGGAAAUCAGAAGGCUGGGAAGUCAGCAAAGAGGAUUCUCUUUCCGACCACAGACAGAUAAACUUUUAGUGAGAGGCAACAAUAGCAACGGAACUCAGGACACUUAUAGGAACCCCAAAUCUGCGGACUGGCUCAAAUAUAAAAAGAGCUAA